AUGUUUUUUAAAAUACUAUUUUUUCUGUGUUUUUAUACAACCAGAAUAGCUCUCGGAAAGUUCUCAUGUUACAGUUGCAGCUUUUCUGCCACGAGUACAGACCAAUCAUGUCUUACAAUAGCAAAUAAUACCAGGCAGGUGGUUUGUCCGUACAUAUAUUGCACCAUAGUAAGGCAGGAACAUGUGGACCCUGCCGGUGUAGUCCUCAGUUUCACUCGUGGUUGUGAACGAGCACCAGUGCAUCUCAACCAUGAGAUCGUCGACUAUAACUUUAGGACGUACUAUAGAGCAUGCACGAGCAACCUUUGUAACAUAGGCAACGGUAUUGAAUUAAUUGCCGGAACAAAUUUAUCUCCAACACCUAAAUACGCAGGAGAAAAUCUUCUCGUUCCGGGGACUCGUAAUACAGCUUUAAAUUUGAAAAUUGGAGGAAUUUGGGACCGCAAUCCCGGUCCCAAAGCCCCACAACCCAAGCAGUAUAAAUGA